UUUGAAACCGACAGAUGGGAGUGACGAUAAUUAUAAUUCUAUAAUUAACGUUUGUCUUUGUAACCGUCCUUUUUCGUCUUAACAGUCGUCUCGAAAAUGGCGGGAGUCUUACACCCGUUCGAAUUUGCCGCCUAAACGAAAAGAAGCAACAGCUCUCUUUGCAAAGAGUCGUUCGAGCGAAUAUAUCGAUCGUGUCGCCUUUGGAUGUUAAGAAAAAAUUUUCUACCCCGGUUUCUCUCUUUAUUUCGUUAUAUUAUGUUCGGUUCGUUAUUAUUAUUUUUACUUCGUUCGUACUUCGUUUACAAAGCUGCGCUCUGAUUGGUCGACAGAGACGUUGGCUUUACAAUAAACACGGAACUACAUCGUAUAGACUAUAUAACAUAAAUAUGGCAACAACGUUGAAACUUAAUUUAUACGAGUACGGUUCUUCAUUUUAUAUCUCGUUACCGCUCUCCUCCUUUCUUCUUUAUUUCUCUAUUUAUUCUAAGUAAUCGCUUGAAAUAUAACGAGUAAUAUAAAAUUAACAUUAACUCUAUUACGACGAUCUCAUUUUUAUGUGAAACUAACAACAAUAAUAUACAUUAAUAAAGUCGGACCUCGAGAGAGAACCAUUUCUAACGUUACAUUAGUUUCAUUGUAAAAUCGUUGAGAGAAUAUUAACUCAAGUGUAAAAGAAAAUCGUCAAAUAGCAAUCGUUAUUGGUGGAUAUAAUUCAAGCGAUCUAGAUAGAGAGAUAAAAAUAAUAUAGAUUGUAGAAAAAUGGCAGUGCCAGCGGAGAGUAUUAUAGAUUCAAACCUUAAUGAUCCGGUAACAAAAGCCGUUGUUGACAAUAUAAUGGGUAAUUUGCCUACAAAAAAACCUCUCGUUCGUUGUGACGAUUGUGAUUUAUCCUUUACAAGCCAAGCAGUAUUAGAUACACAUUUACAAGGCGCACGUCAUGCCAAGCAGAUAAGGUCAAAAAAUAUAAUGGCGUCGCUUGAAGAAACUAAGGUAGCAUUUACAAAGGAUGCCGACACGAAUGGGCUAAAAUGUAAUGUAUGUAAUGUCUGUCUCAACUCGAUACAACAACUUCAAACGCAUUUAAAUGGAAGUCGACACAAGAAGAAAGCUAUGAGAGGUGGGUGGUUUGGAAAAGAAGUUGUCACGCAAGGUAGUUCGUUGGUUGCUCCUGCAAUCAACAUACAGGAUUCUGGUCCUAUGAAGGCAGUCUCACUGUCAUGCGAUAUAUGCAACAAAUUUUUCAACUCUCCUUCGCAAUAUAAUGUGCACAUGAAAUCCAAGAAGCACACUGGCAAAAUGAAGAGAGCUAAGACUCAAAAAAAGAAACGAUUUUCUCCAUAUUGGAAAAAACCGAAAUCUGAUACGAACUCAACCACCGUACAAUCUCUGUCAAAUAAUUUUGUACCAGGUGGUUUUACGAAUCAAACAUAGUGCUAAGGUUUCAUUUAUUCUUAAGAUUCUUUAUUUCAGAGUAUAUAUUAACACACUUCGUGUUGGUAUAUGUCUCUAACAUAAAAAGAAAAUAAUAAUAAAGAAAAACAAAAAAACACAAAAAAAAAACACAAAAAAAAAAAGAAAAAACUUGUAUUGCGUUAAUAUCCACGAAUCGAUCUAUGGCACUGAUAAAAUUAAGUAUGUGGUCCAUUUUAUAAUUGGUUAAGAAUCAAGAAAUAAUUUUACCAAUUAUAUAGUAUCUUAUUCGUCGAUUUAACGCAAAAGUUAAAGGAUCUGCGGGAUAGCAAAGAUGCUAAUCUGUGAUCUGAAAACUACAAACGAAAAAUUUUAUGUAAAAAAAGUUUAUUUAUAAAAAGAAAUGUGAAUAUCUAAAGUCUUGUGAAUAAUAGUUAUAUACUCAGCAAAUACAUAUAUGCCGUUAUUAAGUCUAGCCAAUGUUAUAAUAGUGUUAGUAAAACGAACUUGUAACAUUACAGUGUUUACCUGUCGUUAGAACGAUAACAUGAUACUCCUCUGUUAUUAUUGUAAGGACAGUUAGGCAUCUUCUAUAUGCUGUCGAACUUAUGAGUGUCAUAAUCACGUGUAUAUUCGUAUAUUUGUCGAUAGGGAAAAAGGAAAACAAAAUUAUUAUUAAUUUUCUUUAUAAUCGAUAUAUAUAUAUAUAUAUAUAAAAAAAAAAACAUACAUAUAUAAGAAAUAUAAAUUAAGCUAACAAAAUCUUCCAAUUUUCAUUAUUUAUAGUAUCGGCGUCUUAGUAAUAAAACAAUAAUAUGUGUUUGUUGGGUAUUAGCGAUUGUUCUUUAAAUGUACUACCAUGAUGUGUAUAUAAAAGUAAUGUUUAAGUAAGAAAAAGCACAGUUAGAGCGAAUGUAACAUGGUGGUACACGACGUAUGUACAGAAUCUAAUAAAGAUUCUGUCUCCUUUUA